GUCGAACUCGAGUCCGAACAACACUGGGAGGCCGAUCGCAUACCGGCUUCAGCCUCCACCAACGCGUCCAGCGUGAGUUCAUCCGCCAGCACGCCGCCGAGUCCAGCAUGACCGUCAAUCUCCUCCGGCGUACACCCGAUGCCCGGACAUCCCACGACGCGAGCGCCUCAAUCUCAUCGACACACGGAACGCGACCGCCGCGUUGCUCACGUUGCGAGUCAUUGCGGCCUGCCGGGUGGACGGAGACGUGCAGAGUGGCGGCGACGACGAUGACAGCGAUGGGAGGGAGGGCGUUAGUAACCGGGAGUGCUCUAUCCGGCGGCGCAACCGCGAGAAGAUGCACGUUCGCUCGACUUGCGCGUGCGCGAUACAUCGCCACUGCCCUCGCUCACGUCGACCGUCGACGCGCCUGGGUUCAGUCCGUGGGCCAGCACCGCAAUGCUGCUCAGCAGCGUGUUCUCGAUCAACAAGCCGGCCCCGGCCUCGCCUGGCAACAACGUCAAGCGGAAGGAGAGCGUCGGGCUGCGGAAGCUGUUCAUGAAGGGCAAGGAGAAGGUGGGAGAAGGAGAAAACCAGAGACGAGUAUGGUGAGCAGCCCUCUCCGUCGUCGAACGAUGACCUGCACUCCUGGGAGGAGAUCAUGCCCUCCGAAGCUGAGGGAGACGGUGUACCGACGUCGCCUGCGUCGCCGAAGAGGGACAAGCAGCCCCGGACGCCAGAGAGGCCGCCUCAGCCACUCACCACACCAGUCCUAGCGCCCCUACUGUGACCAGCGCGCCGCAACCGACAUGUCUCACCGUACGUCCUCCCCCACCGUCUCUCUCCGACAUCGUCUUCUCUCCGGAGAAGGUACCUAGUGCAACACAUGUAUGCCUACUGCACUCCCCAUCUCUGCUACGACCUCAUCCGCCCUCGCGCUUGGUCAGAGAGACCCACCUGUCCUCACCGACACCCCUCUGCACCUCGUCUCCGAUAUCGAGGCCGCAUCCGCUACGCGACCGCAGCCCGCUCAUCGGACGCUUCAGGCAUCCAGACAUCGAUGCGCGUU